AAGAAGAUAGAUAAAUGAUAUGUAGAAAAAGAAGAAUUCAAAAUGUCAAACCCAAAUAUUGCAUAUUUUUACGACCCAGAUGUCGGCAAUUUUCACUAUGGUCCAGGACAUCCAAUGAAGCCACAUCGUAUAGCCCUGACACACUGUUUGGUAUUACAUUAUGGACUGCAUGAAAAGAUGAAGCUUUACAGGCCAUAUAGGGCUUCAGCUCAUGACAUGUGUAGAUUUCAUUCUGAUGAAUACAUAGAUUUUCUACAGAGAGUUACACCACAAAAUGUACAACAGUUUACAAAGCAACUUAGUAUGUUUAAUGUUGGAGAUGACUGUCCUGUAUUUGAUGGGAUGUUUGAUUUCUGUUCUAUGUAUACUGGAGCAUCAUUAGAAGGAGCAAUCAAAUUGAAUAAUAAUCAUUGUGAUAUAGCUGUGAAUUGGUCAGGAGGUCUUCAUCAUGCUAAGAAAUAUGAGGCCUCAGGAUUUUGUUAUGUGAAUGAUAUUGUGAUUGGAAUAUUAGAAUUACUGAAAUAUCAUCCGAGAGUGUUAUAUAUUGACAUUGAUAUACAUCAUGGCGAUGGUGUACAAGAAGCUUUCUACCUUACAGAUCGAGUUAUGACUGUUUCCUUCCAUAAAUAUGGCAAUUAUUUCUUCCCAGGGACAGGUGAUAUGUAUGAAUUUGGUUCAGAAAGUGGCAGAUAUUACUCAAUUAAUGUUCCAUUGAAGGAAGGCAUCGAUGAUCAGACUUACAUAUCAAUGUUCCAGCAAGUAAUCAAAUCAGUCAUGGAUUUCUAUCAACCUUCAUGUAUAGUGCUACAGUGUGGAGCAGACUCAUUAGGCAGUGAUAGAUUGGGUUGUUUUAAUUUAAGUAUCAAAGGUCAUGGUGAAUGUGUAAAGAUAGUGAAGAAUUAUGGAUUACCAACACUGGUACUAGGAGGAGGAGGAUACACAAAAAGGAAUGUAGCACGAUGCUGGACGUACGAGACAGCCGUUUUAUUGGAUGAAGAUAUUAGCAAUGAUAUACCUUAUAAUGAAUAUUUAGAAUAUUUUUCUCCAGACUUCACUUUACAUCCAGAUGUAUCAACAAAGCAAGAAAACUUAAACACCAAACAGUAUUUAGAUAACAUAAGGGGAACUGUACAUGAGAUUCUGAAGAACCUAGUUAGCUCCCCUAGUGUACAAAUGCAAGAUGUGCCAUCAGAUCUGUUAAGUCUGGAGAACACAGAGGAACUUGAUCCAGAUAUCAGAAAUCAUCAAGAUGAAAACGAUAAAAGAGUUGAAGCUAACAAUGAAUUUUAUGAUGGAGAAAAAGACAAUGAUAAAGAUACAGAUGGUUUUGUAGAUGUAUGACUGAAGAACUGUAUAAAUAAUUGAUAUCAUGACAGCUGGUUCUGUCAUUUGUGUAACAUUAAAUUUGCAUGUAGAUGUUGACCAGCUACUUUGACAAUUCAGUUAUUAAUGGUCCUUACAUAUAUUUCAAAUGAAAAAGGCAGUUUCUCAGUGUUUUAAAAGUUUUUGAAAAAGUAGUUAUACAGAUUAAACUGAGAGUCAUCUGUUCAUGGUGGUAACCUGUAAUCAGGUCUUGCAUUAUCUGGUGGACCACCUAAGUCCAAAAUACCGAAAUGUAUAUAGAGUCCAGCAGGAUAAAGAAGGCAUGGACAAAUAUUGUGAGCAUAUAAGCAAAGUUUGGAGUAGUUAUUACUCACCGUUGACAAAAUACAUAGUUUUAGAUAUUUUUACAACUUUUGUUGUAUUAAAAAAUUUGAUGGCCUUUUAAAAGUACUCUGUGGUAGCCUUUUCCAUAACUCAUUCAUAAUAUCUUUAGAUUGUUUUGACAUUGACAUAAAUAUUUGUUAUGAUUUAAAUGUCAUAUAUUAUAUGUUUCAAUGCUGCUUUCUACUGCAUGUUUUCAACAUGAAUGUUUAAACAUAUAUGUCGAAUCUUGCCAUGAAAAUAUUCCUAUGUUAUAGAAAUGGUUAAAACAUGGCAUUUCAACCAAUUAGAAUAGAGUACAAGUUUUCAUCCUCAACAAUGUCACAUUUAGGCAUGCCUUGAAAGGAGGAAUCAUACCUAUCAAUACGUCAAAUACAAAGACUAUGUGAAUAUUAAAAGGAAGAGAAGCACCCAUCAUUAAGGUCAAAAAGUCUACAGCAGUUAACUUUCUUUAUAAUUUUAGGACAGGACUAGCUAUCAUAAGUAUACCUACACCAAGAUGUCAUUAAAAAAUAAUUGUAUAUUCUGUAUUUAUCAUAUUUAUCCUUAACAUACUAAAUCUAUCAUUUUGCAUUAACCAUGAUAUCUUGGUGUAUAUUAAAUACAUCUUAUUGGAGUAAUGCCCUCAUGGGUUCUCUAAUAAAUAGCGAUUAUGAUAUGAGGGUCUGGAUGGGGUUUACAGAACAGUGAAUAAUGGGCCAAAAUAGUAAAUGAUAGAGAAAAAUAGGCCCAAGAAAAGUAAAGGAUAGAGAAAAAUAGGCCCAAGAAAAGUAAAGAAUAUAGAAUAAUGUCGCGAUAAAAUAUAAAGAAUAGAAAAAAAUGGGCAAAAAAUAAAUAGAGAAAUAUAACCUAAAAUAUUUAAGAAUACAGAAACAGAGGACCCCCCCAUCCAGACUCUUAUAAUAUCAUCCCCUUCUUUUUUGGUAGAAAAAGAAGGAAUAUUGAGAGGUUGAUUAUGUUUAGUAUGUGCAAUGUAAACAUUGAAAUCAUGUACUAUUAUGUUAAAAACAUGCAUAUUUUAACUUGAAUGUUUAAACAAACAGUGGAAAGUGGCCAUUUAAACUUCUUUUUCUCAUAUAUAUAUUUUUAGGAAAUAUUUUAUUCGAAUGAACAAAUUUGAAGUUAGUUUCAAUAAGUAUUGCUUUUAUAGAAUCAACUAAAAUGAAUAUUGUGUUCUUAAAGGUUGUUAUUCUGUUUGUCUUGGCAGAAAAAACUCAUUCGUAAUUACAAGGUUUGUUUUUAUUAUUUUCUUUUUUUGAUAAUUUGAAGUUUCUGAAGAUUUGAAUGAAAUGAUCUAUGGACAUAGAAUGUGCUCUGCGUAAUAUAGAAUGGAGUGUUUAUUUUGUUGGUUAACUGAUUAAUUAUAGUAUUGUAAAAUUAAUGUUUUGAUUGAUUGUUGUGUUGUAGAAUAAGAGUAUUUGUUUCUUGUAAUUUAUACUUUUGAAAAGGGUUUUGAUAUUUUUUGGCUAUAUCUAAUUUUGCAGAAUACCUUAUAUUAUGGAAAAUCAGACACAUUUAUGGAAAAUAAAUCACCUGCAGAAUAUCUGAUAUUAUGGAAAAUCGGACACAUUUAAGGAAAAUAAAUCACACUUAUUGUUUAAGGAAUGGUUAUGAAAUAAAGCACCAUUCAAAUAUAUUCUGAUUAACAUAAUAUGUUAACUCACACAUAUAUUGUUAAUACUUAUCCUGGAUUGUAACAUUAGAUCUGAUACAAAUCUGAUUGCCAUGUUCAUUUUCAUUCAUCGUUGAAAGAUGGUUUUAUUGAGGUCAUCCAUAAUUAUCUAAUCAAUUUCUUUUUUUUUUUUACAAAUGCACUGAAUUAUUCUUUUUUGAAAGUCGUUUUCCUUUAAUGUUUAUCAUCAUUUAAUUCAGUAAUAUUUUCUCAAAAGAAACUGUCAUUAUUAACAGCCUAGUCUAACAACUAACAAAAAUAAGUCAAAUUCUAAAUAGAACUCUCAUUUACAUUUAUUUGAAGGCUAUUUAUCCUUAUUAAACUGUUUACCAUAUACAUGUAACUCCCUUUGAAACAUUCUUACCAUUGUGAAAAUGUUAACAAUUUUGGACAGCCUUAGUUAAAAUUACUUUUAUACCUGUGAAAUGUCAUUUUGGCCAAGCAUUUUUCUUUGGAAAAAUAAUACAUUUAUACAUCAAAAAGAAAUUCAUCUCAUAUAGAUUUUAUAUUGUAAUAAUGUUCUAUAUCUUUAAUAUUUAUCAGAUUUUUAUCAUUUGUUCAUAAAAUCAUGUUUCAGCAAUUUAGCAUCAUGUCACUUUUUCAUCAUUCAUCUAAGAAAAUAUGGUAGCUAUGUUGUAAAUAAAGUGUGAGAUUAUUUGUUAGUUUUUAAAUUAAACACAUGACCAUUAUA